AUGUCGUCGUCAAAAUUGGCAAUUCUUACAGCAUCACUUUGUGUGAUGAUGAUACUUCUAAAGUUGGAUUCUUGUCAAUCCUUCUCCCCCCUGAGUCAUCCACACAAUACUCGCAGUUCGGAUUCCAUCACUCGACUUGCCUACUCUUCUCCUUCGAGACGAUCAUACAGACAAAAGAAUUCGUUUGAUUCAAAUGACCGCGGCUUUGAUGAUGAUGACGAAUGGACGGAAAAUAGACCGUCACGACGCGGGGACUAUGAUUCUUCUGGUGGUACACGAGAUGCGCCCAUCAGAGGCAGGGAUGAUUCUUCCAGGAAAGAUGCAUCCCGAGGAGGUAUCAGCCGCGACCGCAACAACAAGAGUAACAAUCGCGGACAAAAGAAUGGUCGCUUCGAUCGUAAUUAUGAUCGUCGUGGUGGGAGAGACGAUGGUUCCAGAAACCAACGAGACUUGCGAAAAGAGACGGACGCGAUUCGGCAACAGCGACCACCACAAGAAGCAGAAACCAUCACAGACACAAAUGCUCACUUUUACAGCAAGAAAACACUCACAGACCCGUCGUUGGGCGUAGAUCAAGAAAUGUUCAUGAAGCUUUGCAGAGGUGCUGAAAUUACGCGACCAUCGAGAAUACAGUCCCUCGCAUGGCCCCAGAUUUUGAGUGGAGCACAUACCAUUGUCGCGGAUCAAACCGGGAGUGGCAAGACCCUGGGAUAUUUGUUGCCUUUAUUACAACGAGCCUUGCAAACACCUUCGGACAAGAAUCUAUUGGGGGCGCCCAAGGUUCUCGUGCUAGCACCUACCGCCGAACUGGCCGAUCAACUUCGAGUGGUCUGCGACAAGAUUGCCCAAACGGUUCCAUUCAAGACCAUGGUCGUGACUGCCAAUGGAAAGAUGAAAACAUCGAUUCGGGAUCAAAUUCGGAUCAUUCAACGUCAACCCAUUGAUGUCAUGAUAUCGACGCCUGGUAGAAUUUCCACCAUUCUUCGGACUCGGAACUCGGGGUUGGACUUGUCACAGCUUCAAGCCAUUGUGUUGGACGAAGUUGAUAUUUUGCUGAUCGACGAAACCUUUGGACCACAACUGCGAACCGUUGGAGCCGCAGCACCUCUGGAAAAAACUCAGUUUGUAUUUGUGACUGCGACCCUUCCCGACUCGAUUGUCCAAACGGUGGAGCGAGAAUUUAAGGGGGUUGUCCAAGUCCGAGGACCUGGAUUGCAUCGAGUGGCACCAACCGUCAAGGAAAACCUAGUCGAUGUAUCCGUACCAUCCGCCCAGAACAGAGACGCCGACAUUUGUUUUGAUGUCAAGGCCAAACAGUUGUUAAAGGCGCUGCGGCUGAACCGAUGCCGUAGAACCUUGAUCUUCUGCAAUACCGUCGAAUCCUGUCGUUCUGUGGAAAACUUGUUGAACCGCAAGGAUCGUCGGGGUCAAGUCUUUGAUGUGGGAGCAUAUCACAAUGCUAUGACUCCAGAAGCGAGAAACAGGAAUUUGGAUCGAUUUUCCAAGGGCCGAUAUGGUACCACUGACGAGGACGACAAGGUGGAUUAUGUGCUAGUUUGUACCGAUCGGGCUGCCAGAGGCGUCGACUUUGACGCUUCCCCUGUCGAUCACGUGGUGAUUUUUGAUUUCCCCAAGGACCCUGCAGAGUAUGUGCGCCGAGUCGGACGUACUGCCAGAGCUGGAAGAGCUGGUGCUAGUACCGUAUUUGCCUUUGGAUGGCAAUUGCCUAUUGCACGAAAAAUGAUGGGUACCAAAUUAAAUAGUUUUACCAUGGCACUGGAUGGAACGGAUAAAGACGUUGAAGACGAAGAAUACAAAUCCCGCAGGCAGCUAAACAAAAGGGGUAAGAAUAAGAAGGAUACCAUCAAGGCCAAUAUUGAAGACGGGAGUCUCUGGGAAAACUAA